AUGGAAGCAUCACCAGUUGUAAAACGUGUUCUACAGAAACACGAGAGCACACCUCUGAUGAUGAACAAGCAGCAAAUAGAGGUGGAGGAAUAUCAUCCUCCUCAAGAAGACAGUGACGGAAUAUCUGAAGGACUGAAUGAGAAAAGGACAAUUAAAGUAACAAAGCUACCCACAGGGAUCUCAGAGGAACAAAUAGCUCUUUUCUUUGAAAAUUACAAGAAGAGUGGUGGUGGAGAAGUGGAAAAAGUGGAGUAUGAUGAGAAUACAAACACUGCUAUUGUUUGGUUUGAAGAGGCUCAAGUUGUAAAAAGUGUUCUACAGAAACACGAGAGCACACCGCUGAUGAUGAACAAGCAGCAAAUAGAGGUGGAGGAAUAUCAUCCUCCUCAAGAAGACAGUGACGGAAUAUCUGAAGGACUGAAUGAGAAAAGGACAAUUAAAGUAACAAAGCUACCCACAGGGAUCUCAGAGGAACAAAUAGCUCUUUUCUUUGAAAAUUACAAGAAGAGUGGUGGUGGAGAAGUGGAAAAAGUGGAGUAUGAUGAGAAUACAAACACUGCUAUUGUUUGGUUUGAAGAUGCUCAAGUUGUAGCAAGUGUUCUACAGAAACAAGAGAGCUCAACACUGACAAUGAACAAACAAAAAAUAGAUGUGGAGGAAUAUCAUCCUCCUCAAGAAGACAGUGAUAGAAAAUUUGAAGGACUGGAUGAGGGAAGGACAAUAAAAGUAACAAAGCUACCCACAGGGAUCUCAGAGGAACAAAUAGCUCUUUUCUUUGAAAAUUACAAGAAGAGUGGUGGUGGAGAAGUGGAAAAAGUGGAGUAUGAUGAGGAUAUAGACACUGCUAUUGUUUGGUUUGAAGAUGCUCAAGUUGUAACAAGUGUGCUACAGAAGCACGCAGGCACACCACUGACGAUAAACAAACAGAAAAUAGAUGUAGAAGAAUAUCAUCCUUGUAAAGAGGAGGUGGAAAACAGCUCAGAAGUGGAACAGUAUCAGGGAGGGGCUAUCAAAAUAACAAAAUUACCUCCAGGGACUUCAGAAGAACAAAUACUUCUAUUUUUUGAAAAUCGUAAAAUGAGUGGAGGUGGAGAAGUGGUUAAAGUGGAGUAUAAUAAAAAUACAGACAGUGCUAUUGUUUGGUUUGAAGAUGCUGACGUUGUAUCACGUGUCCUCCAAAGAAUUCCACUUUUGUUCAAUAAAAAACAAAUCUAUGUGGAAGAGGUACGUUUGGAUGGGAAGAGUGUAGAAAAAGAAGCAGAAGAGGAUACUUUGGGUCCCUUGUGUACCAUUGAGGUAAGGGGUAUGAAGGAAACAACGUCAAGAGAGAACAUAGAACUGUACUUUGACAACAAGAAAAAAUCAGGAGGUGGAGGCGUGGAAGACGUCAAAGGUGAAGUGGAAGAUGGAGUCCUUUAUAUAACUUUUGAAAAUGAGAAAAAUGUUGAAGAAGUUAUGAAACAGGAACAUAAAGUUGAUGGAGUUAUUUUGGACGUCAAGAUUUACCAUCCUCCAAAGCCGAUACCAGUUUAUCCAGACAGAGUACUCAUCACAGGUUUCAAAACAGGAACAACAAAGGACGGACUUACAAAUUUUUUGGAGGCCAGAACUGGAGAAGAUGUCAAAGAAGUAGUUUUUGAUCAAGAACAGGAAAUGGCAAUAAUCAUUUUUCAGGAAAUAAAAGAUUUUCUGAAACUUGAGGAAAUAUGUCAAAAGAAACCUCUAGAAAAACACUUUUUGAGUGUGAAAAAAGUUUCCAUUUCUAACUGCAUAAUUGUGACUGGAUUCGCUGAGAACACAGCAGAGAGCACAAUAGAAUUCUACUUUGACAAUGAGAGACGAAGUGGUGGAGGUGUAGUUACGGAAGUCAAAAUCAACAAAGAUGAUGACACUUGUUUGGUGUAUUUUGAAGAUCACACAGUGUGUGACAGGGUUUGUCAGAAAGGCCAUAUGCUAGAAAAUAUGAAGCUGACGGUACAUACAUUUUAUGAGUGUCUUGGGCCACCAUUUAACCCUGAGGAAGGACCAAAGUUUAGGCCAGUUGAACCAUUGGUUGUAAAAAACCUUAACUUAAGAAAGAUGAAAUUUGUCCUAAGUUCGGAGGAGUACAGAAAAGUCUUUGAUAAGCAGGCAGAAUCAAACCAUGGCAAAAUAAAAUGGCCAAGCAAAGCAGCCACAGAAUUAACUGUGGAAUGCACUUUAAGUAAAGAAGUAAAAGAUUGCCGGAAAUUGGCAAAAACAUGGAAAGAUCACAUGGUGGAUGUCAUAAAGAAGUUGCUAGAGGUUCUACAUGUUGAAGCCGUAAACGUCUUGCAGGAAGCUUGGCAGAAAAGCCUAGAAGAAAUUCAAAAACUGAAUGUUCCUGAUCCCAGGAAAGUAGGAAUUAUAACAGAAAAAAGCAAUUUUACAAUUGUUAUAGUGGGGUAUGAAAAAUUGUUUGAGGGUGUAAAGAGCGAGGUUAGACUAACCAUAUCUAAAGUGGUAGAUGAGAUUCAGCUAAAGAAAAAACUAGUGAAAGAAAGAGUACCGUUGAAGCGCUAUCAGCUUCUGCUACUUAGCAAUGACAAUUUUACAGAAGCUACAGAAAAAGAAUUCCCAAAUAUGAAAGUUACUCUAGAUAUUCAGGACAAAAGUGUUACCUUUGAUGGUCUAUAUUCAGAUGUUAGCAAAGCAAAACUAUCAGUACUUGAGAAAUGUCAACAGAUGUGCCAGGCUUCUGCUGGAAAAUUUUCAAAAAACAGGCAAGAGUUUUUAAGUAGGAACGAGGUUUACGCGAGAAUUUCAAAGGAGCUGAAAAAUAAGAAAAAUUUGAGCUGUUUUGAAUUCCAAAAAGACGAAUUGAUGUUUUAUGCCUUUUCCGAUGACAAAGCCGUUGAAGCAGCACACCUGGUGAAGAAUUAUAUUGCAGAAUCCCCCAUUGAUGUUCAAACAGACUCUGUCUAUCUCUUAAAUUCAGAAAAAUGGAAGAAACAAGUGAAAAAGUUAGAAAGUUCCCAAGAUUUUGAAGGUCUUCUCCAGAUAAUCACAGAAGCUGACCAAAGAAAAAUAGUUAUUGUUACAGUGAGCGAAUACGUGGGUCUCGCAAGAGAAUUUGUAGAGGACUUCCUUCGUGACAAUACUAUAAUUAGCGAUACAAUGGACAUUCCUCCAAGUCUUUCUAAAUUUAUGGAACUCCACCACGCAGGCAAACUUGAACAGAUUUCUGAAAGCUUGAAAGAACAGCAAGUCCGAAUAAAGAAGAAUAAUAACAAAAUCGAUAUUGAGGGGACUCAAAAGGGGCUCAAUCGAGCUAAGAAAAAUAUUGAGGAUUUUUUGAAGGGGAUCCAAUGGAAAAAACAAAAAUUGGAGAGGCCAGGAAUUGCCAAACACUUAAAAAGUUCAUCAGGCAAAAGCAAAAUCUCUGAGGUCCAAAAGAAUCACAAAUGCUACAUUCAAAUUGGCGAGGACGGAUCUACAGAUUUGUCGAAUUUUUGGACCGCCACCUCUAAUUCAAAACAGAAACAAGAUUCAAAUAAAAGAAUGACUGGAUAUUUGACUAAAGAAGGUGUCAGUAUUAAAGUUCAUUCUGGUGACUUGACUGCUCUUCCUGUCGACGUGAUUGUUAAUGCUGCUAACUCAGAACUUUAUCAUCAGGGGGGACUAGCGGGGGUCAUUGUUACAAAAGGUGGUAAUGAAAUUCAAAUAGAAUGUUCAGACUAUGUGAGAAGGAAAGGAAAGCUUUUUGAGGGAGACACUUUCUGCUCAAAGGCAGGACAACUGUCCUGUAAAAUGAUCGUCCAUGCUUGUGGUCCGACUUGGAGAGGUGGAAUGAAUCAAGAGAGUGAACGCCUGACAGACUGUGUUGAAUCGGCAUUGACAGAAACAGAAAAAAUGGGUUACAACUCGAUUGCAAUACCUGGUUUAUGCACUGGCAUAUUUGGCUACCCUGUUAACCAAGCCACUUCUGUCAUUGUCAAAGCAAUGAAAUCAUACUUAAAAAACAGAAAGGGAUCCACCAUUGAAGAAAUAAUUUUGUGUGACGUGCGGGAAGAAACUGUUAAAUAUUUCAACGAGGCAGUGAAGCAAGAGUUUAAGGGGAAGAUUCAAAAUGUGGGUGACAGCGCGCACGCACACUUUCAAGACGGACAAACUCAAUCACAUGAUACCGAAUUUAAAACAGGAGGCAUACGUGUCAAAUUAGUGAAAGGUCAAAUGGCUCAAAGAAAGGUGGAUAUUAUCGUUAAUACAGCAGCAAAAGAUUUAAAUCUGAGCCAAGGAGCAGUGUCGGCCUCCCUCCUUAACCUGGGAGGCAUUGAUAUUCAGCGCGAGUGUCAUUCCAAAUACCCCCAUGGCAUCGAGUUCGGAGACAUUGCAGUCACCAGUGGUGGAAAAUUGAACUGCAAGAAUAUAUUUCACGGGGCUCUUCAAAACUGGGACAAAGAGAAAGGAGUUGCGAAAACGGGGCUGCAGAAAUUCAUGAAGACCUGUUUAACAGAGGUGCAGAAUAUGAAGUUCUCCAGUAUUGCUUUCCCUGCCUUUGGAACUGGUAACCUUGGUUACCCAAAAGAUAUAGUGGCAGACGAAAUGUGCAACGCAGUUGUCAACUUCUCUAAGGACAAUCCAGAUACUUGUCUGAAAAAUGUGGAAUUUGUUAUUUACGAGAAAGAUAAAGUUUCCAUUCAGAUUUUUGAAAAAGAAAUGAGUAGUAGGGCCAAGGAAGUUAUACAAGUAAAGAUUAAGACCCAAAGAAAACGACAUGGAGGUGAGCAUGUUGGGAAGACUUUUGGUUCUGACAGUCAAAAGGAGGUAUCUGUAGAUUUCGGUCCUAUCAAACUACGCAUGUACCAAGGGGAUAUAACGCUGGCUGAUGUGGAUGCCAUCGUGAAUGGCACUGAUAGUGAAAUGGAUCUCAGUAAAGGAGAAGUGUCUAGAACAAUCAUGUCCAAAUUAGGAGUAGAGCUGCAAAGGCAGAUAGACAUUCAAAGUUAG